GCGCCUCCGCGGCCGGCGCGUUGCUGGGCGGAGCGCGAGGGGGUAACGGCCGCGGUUCCCGCUCGCCGCCGCGGCGGGGAGACGAGGGACCCCCCCCCCCCCCCCCCCCCAAUAGACACACAGAACACCCACACACCCCCCGGUCCCGCCGCGGAGCGGGAGCGCUGGAGGGUCGCUUCACCUCCGGGGAGCUGGCGUCCUGCGGCAGCCCCGGGUAACCCUAUGGAGAGGGGCCUGCGGAACGCCAUAGUCUUCAACGCGUCCAAAGGGGAGAGCUUCACUCCCGGCAGCGGCUACAAAUCGCUGCGCAAGAGGCUUCGCGGGAACUGGAAGAUCCAGAGCUUAAAAGAUGAGAUCACAUCUGAGAAACUCUUUGGGGUAAAAUUGUGGAUUACAGCAGGGCCAAGAGAAAAGUUCAGUGCUGCUGAGUUUUCAGUUCUGAAGAAAUUCUUGGAGGAUGGUGGAGCCAUUCUGGUGAUGCUCAGAGAAGGCGGAGAGUCCCGAUAUGGCACAAAUAUUAACUUUUUGUUAGAAGAAUAUGGGAUUGUUUUCAAUAAUGAUGCUGUAGUGCGAAACGUGUAUUACAAGUACCACCACCCAAAAGAAGCAUUAAUCUCUGAUGGAGUCUUAAAUAGGGGAAUCAGUGAAGCUGCAAGAAAAACAGUGCUUGAGACAACAGAUGAAGAUGGAAGUGGACAUGACUCACAAGCUCUCACUUUCGUGUAUCCAUUUGGUGCCACACUGAAUGUGAUGAAACCAGCAGUGGCUAUUCUGUCGACAGGAUCUGUUUGCUUCCCACUCAACAGGCCUAUUCUUGCUUUCUAUCAGCAUGAGAGUCCAGGUGGAAAGAUGGCAGCGCUGGGAUCUUCCCACAUGUUCAGUGACCAGUAUUUAGAUAAAGAAGAAAACAGUAAAAUCAUGGAUGUGCUUUUCCAGUGGCUCACAACAUCAGAUAUCCAUUUAAACCAGAUGGAUAUGGAGGACCCUGAGAUUUCAGACUAUACCAUGCUCCCAGAUACAGCUGCGCUGUCUGAGCAACUGCGAGUCUGUCUGCAAGAAGGAGAUGAGAACCCAAGAGACUUCACAAAGCUGUUUGAUACAUCCCUUUAUCAGCUGGAUACAACUGUCCUCCCUGCAGUUAUCAAAGCUUAUGAACAGCUGAAUGUGAAACAUGAACCCCUCCAACUCAUUCAGCCUCAGUUUGAGACUCCACUACCUGUCCUCCAGCCAGCUGUUUUUCCACCUGCUUUCAGAGAAUUGCCUCCUCCCCCUCUGGAGCUGUUUGAUUUGGAUGAAACUUUUUCCUCUGAGAAAGCUCGUCUUGCAGAGAUCACAAACAAAUGUACUGAUGAUGACCUGGAGUUUUAUGUACGAAAAUGUGGCGAUAUCCUAGGAGUAACAAGUAAACUCCCAAAGGAGAAACAAGAUGCCAAACAUAUCCUGGAGCACAUCUUCUUCCAAGUAGUUGAGUUUAAGAAACUGAAUCAGGAACAUGAUACUGACACAAGUGAAGCUGGAUUCCAGAAUGGUAACUGAGACCUGGCUUUCCCCAGUUUGAGAUUGACCUUUUAGUGAAAACAUACUUUUCCAUUUUUUUCAACUGCUGUGUUCAGUAUAAUGAUUGGGACCAUCUCAGUAGUUCACUGAAUGUUUGGAUCCUUUAUGUGUAGUAGUUUAUAUAAAUAAUGCCUUUUGAAGAAGUGCUUGAAUUUGCAAGCUCUUUCCAAAUAAUUCCCUAUUUUUCUACUUUAUUGAAACUGUAAUUUUGUAAUAUAUGAAAAAGUUCUUAUACUAAGAAAAUGUGGGUUUAGUCCUUCUUUCUGGCUCCAGUAUUUAUUUUCUUGUAUUAAGGCUUAUUGUGGGUUAUCCCAGUGUGCAUGUAGUCCUUAAUUACUGUGGGAAAGAUUAUUAUUUUGGUUUGUGAACUGGAAAAUACAGCCAUAAAUACAGGAGCUGCUGAAAAUAUGCUAUUCUGUCACCCUGAGGCAGUCUCCUUUUGUCUCUCUGCCAAAGUGAACCAAGGAGAGGUGGGUUUGUUACUGCAGAAGGAACACAUUUCUUCCAAGGGAGGGGAAGAAUGGAAAUUGAGCAAUAAUGAUGUUGUUGCAGAUCGCUGCCUCGUAUAAGACUGGAAAUACAUCAUUUUGAAAAGAAGGGACAGCAUUUGGAUGAAAAAGACUUGUAAGAUUUAAUGGAUCAUUAUUAAGAUAAUGUGAUGCUGUGCAGAAACUCAGGAAUAUUUUUACUUACAGCUAUUUGAUAUCUAGCCCAUUCCCAGAGAUAGUGAGCCUAGGUAAUCAACAAGAAUGGAAAUUCAAGUGGAAUUCAUUGACCAUGAAAUGUUGAAGCUCAAUACACAGCAAAAAUACAGCCAAGGCUGUGAGUGGUGAGAAGAAAAGAUUUGUCAACACUAACACUGCAUGUCUGUGUUUCAAGGACCUUUUUUAACAUCAACACUGAGAUUGCACUUUGACAUCCAGAAAAUUUUGUAGUUAAUCUCACACCCAAACUGUGAAACUUAAAACUCUUCCCCGACUCCAGCCGUCUCUGCAGCCUUUGUGACACCUGUGCUUUAUCUUGCUCUGCCAUGGUUUUUAAUGUCAAAGCUGCUCUUUGCAAAAGAUCUGUUCAUCUUUUAUCCCACAAAAAAUCUUUUCAUUUUACACUGCUUCAUGUUUCACUUGCCAGCUUGGUGCAGGCUUUUCUAAAGGAGGUGCCCGAAAGCCCCUGCUAAGUUUCUGCCCCGGUGUGAUACGCUAGCAUGUUAGCAGGAGUGGUGUGUCUCCUCUUACACUGCAGACAUUCCUUUUUCAUAGGAGCGUGUUUUAAAUUUUUAAUUUAUUUCCCUUUAGUUUAAGGGUAUGCUUGUGUUUGUCACACAGAGUACUUUGUAUGUUCCAGCUACGGAUUUACACAACAAGCUUAAUCUUUCUUCUGCAGUAUCAAUACCAAUCAGUCAACCGGCACAGACCGCAGUUGGACCAAACAACUGUGUGAUCCUCUUCCUAAUGAUAGAUCCAGUCUGUACCGUUCUGUGGUGUUUAUACUUCAAACUGUAAAUACAUUCUCCUUCUAGGCCCUUUUUCUGAGUUAUUUUGUCACCUGUUCCUGAUGUAACAUAGUUUAGAAAAAAGUCAUCUGAGCAGUGAGAGAACACAGGCAGCUCCCUGUUUACUGUUUGUCUGUAGUGCUACUCUGAGAGGUGAAGUAAAAGAGCUUAUUUUUAUCACUGAA